AUGGAGGAGGUUUUUAGUGGCAUCAAGCAUGCCUUCGACUACCUUUUCCUCACGCGAGCUCAGCGUGGCCUAUUGGAUGAAUAUGAAUGUUUCUGGGCUGAGGAAAAAACGGGAAUUGUGGAGUAUUGUAUAUCCUCCUUCGAGGAUAAAGUGAAAUCGGAAUACCGUCACCGUGUUGAUAUCCUCAACAUAAUCGAAAAGAUACGAUACUAUUUGUCUAAAAAAGACAAAGAGAUGAAGCAAGUUAAAAAAGCAACGGCGGCGGCAGCAGCAGCAGCAGCUACAACAGAAAAGGAGAAAGCCGCCAGUAAAUGGGUGGAGGCCGCCGCGGCAUGGGCGGUGACCCUGCGCGGCGGGCCGAGUGACCCCAGUGCCGGCCCCCAACACCACCAACGCCGCCGACGCCCGCGGCCACACCAAAAGGUCAAACUUAAGGCCAGGAGGGCGGAGAAACGCAGGCAGGCAAGAGAGAAGGAGAAGGAGGAGAAGGAGACGAAGGAGAAGGAGAAGGAGAGGCCAGAGGAGGAGGAGAAUAAGGGGAUGGAUAUCCCAUUUAGACAAAAUUAA